AUGGGAGUGGAGGAAAGGUGCUGGUUGGAUAGGUGGCGGGGGAAUCUACAUGGCCGGAGGAAGAAUGUGAGUGAAGUGAAGAAUGUGAGUGAAGUGAAGAAUGUGAGUGAAGUGAAGAAUGUGAGUGAAGUGAAGAAUGUGAGUGAAGUGAAGAAUGUGAGUGAAGUGAAGAAUGUGAGUGAAGUGAAGAAUGUGAGUGAAGUGAAGAAUGUGAGUGAAGUGAAGAAUGUGAGUGAAGUGAAGAAUGUGAGUGAAGUGAAGAAUGUGAGUGAAGUGAAGAAUGUGAGUGAAGUGAAGAAUGUGAGUGAAGUGAAGAAUGUGAGUGAAGUGAAGAAUGUGAGUGAAGUGAAGGAUGUGAGUGAAGUGAAGGAUGUGAGUGAAGUGAAGGAUGUGAGUGAAGUGAAGAAUGUGAGUGAAGUGAAGAAUGUGAGUGAAGUGAAGAAUGUGAGUGAAGUGAAGAAUGUGAGUGAAGUGAAGAAUGUGAGUGAAGUGAAGAAUGUGAGUGAAGUGAAGAAUGUGAGUGAAGUGAAGAAUGUGAGUGAAGUGAAGAAUGUGAGUGAAGUGAAGAAUGUGAGUGAAGUGAAGAAUGUGAGUGAAGUGAAGAAUGUGAGUGAAGUGAAGAAUGUGAGUGAAGUGAAGAAUGUGAGUGAAGUGAAGAAUGUGAGUGAAGUGAAGAAUGUGAGUGAAGUGAAGAAUGUGAGUGAAGUGAAGAAUGUGAGUGAAGUGAAGAAUGUGAGUGAAGUGAAGAAUGUGAGUGAAGUGAAGAAUGUGAGUGAAGUGAAGAAUGUGAGUGAAGUGAAGAAUGUGAGUGAAGUGAAGAAUGUGAGUGAAGUGAAGAAUGUGAGUGAAGUGAAGAAUGUGAGUGAAGUGAAGAAUGUGAGUGAAGUGAAGAAUGUGAGUGAAGUGAAGAAUGUGAGUGAAGUGAAGAAUGUGAGUGAAGUGAAGAAUGUGAGUGAAGUGAAGAAUGUGAGUGAAGUGAAGAAUGUGAGUGAAGUGAAGAAUGUGAGUGAAGUGAAGAAUGUGAGUGAAGUGAAGAAUGUGAGUGAAGUGAAGAAUGUGAGUGAAGUGAAGAAUGUGAGUGAAGUGAAGAAUGUGAGUGAAGUGAAGAAUGUGAGUGAAGUGAAGAAUGUGAGUGAAGUGAAGAAUGUGAGCGAAGUGAAGAAUGUGAGUGAAGUGAAGAAUGUGAGUGAAGUGAAGAAUGUGAAGUGA